GCCAUAGAUGGGGUCGCAUUUCCUCGAGGCUGCCAAACCGGGUGUUGUUUCCCCUCUUUGAUUCUCGCUGUGGUUGGGAACGGUGGUUUAUAUGGAACUGUACAUAUAUUGGAAUUUGGAUGGUUCGCCAAUUACAAAAGGAGGGGGUUAUCUGUCCUUUUUAGGGCCCAGAUUCGCUUCUGGAGUGCAAGUGACGACGAUUGUCUGUCUGUGCCGUGUGUUUGGCGUUCAUACAAGAGCACAUGUUCAGCAAUUUUUGAUCGGCUCGCAGAACCCACGAUGUUGAGCUUCUUCCUUGGCCAGCCGGCCUCGCUGCUGCUGUUAUUGCUGUCAGCAAGCCUGGCGCGCGCGUCUCUUCAGAUUGUCCCCGGAGCUACAUGGACAGGAACCAAUACGGACGCCCACAUCCAGGCCCACGGCGCGGGCGUGUUUGUUGAGGACGGCGUGUACUACCUCAUCGGCGAGGACCACACGGACGGCUCAGCGUUCCAGAACAUCAACUGCUACUCGUCGACGGACCUCGUCUCGUGGACGUACGUGGGCGCCUUGCUGUCGCAGACGUCGUCGGGCGACCUAGGCCCGGACAGGGUCGUCGAGAGGCCCAAGGUCAUCUACAACUCGUCGACGGGCAAGUAUGUGCUGUGGCUGCACAUUGACGACAGCAGCUAUGCCGAGGCCAAGGUCGGCGUCGCGACAGGGACUUCUGUGUGUGGCAAGUAUGAUUAUCUUGGCAGCUGGCAGCCUCUGGGCUAUCAGAGCCGGGAUAUUGGUCUGUUUCAGGAUGACGAUGGGACUGCGUAUCUUUUGACAGAGGAUCGUGUGAAUGGUCUUCGCAUCGACAGCCUCACUUCCGACUACCUCAACGUCUCGGCAGCCGUGUAUCUAUUUGCCGACUACGAGGCACCAGCCAUGCUCAAGCAGAACGGCUACUACUACCUCUUUGCUUCCCACCUGUCAGGAUGGGACCCCAACGACAACGAGUACGUCUACGCAACCGACAUCGCGGGCCCCUGGUCGUCCUGGACCACCUUCGCCACCGUCGGCACCGACACAUACUCCUCCCAGACCAACUACAUCCUGCCCGUCUCCUCGGACCUGACCAUGUACCUGGGCGACCGCUGGGUCAGCACCAACCUCAUGGCCUCGACCUACGUGUGGCUCCCGCUCACCAUCUCGGGCACGUCCGUCACCAUGGCCGACCAGGUCAACUGGAUCCCCAACGUCGCCUCGGGCGGGGACUGGACCGAGGGCCCCAGCGAGACCUGGCCCGAGGGCGAGGACGCGACCCUGACGGACGGGGCGACGGUCGUCACCUGCAGCGGGUGCAGCGGCGGCGAGGCCGCGGGCUACAUCGGAGGGCCCGACGACGGCACGGUGACCUUUACCGGCGUGGAGAGCGAUGCCACGACCAAGACGACCAUCCGCAUCAAGUACGAGAACGGCGACAGCACGCAGCGCUUCGCCAAUGUCUCGUGCAAUGGCGUCGAGCAGAACAUUGCGUUUCUCCCCACUGCAGAUGGGAAUACCCCUGGGAGCAGCGUCGUCACCUGCGGGCUGACGACGGGGAGUAGUAAUACGGUGGUUAUCACGCAGACGGAUGGGACGUACGGGCCUGAUGUGGAUCGUAUCAUGGUUCCUCUGAGCUGAGUGGGCCCCGCUGUUUCGUGCUCGCUGGCCUUGCUGCCGCGCAGGGUAGGUAGAUAGCUAUGUACAUCAGUGUGCCAUAUGUGGAGGUUUGGAUAUUGAGGUCAUUGCCAAAUUGGAUUUCUCUAUAUUCACUACU